AUGGCGGAAAAAUUAGACGCGGAGAACAUAUUAUUGAUCACAGACUCUUAUAAAGUAAGAUGGUAAUUUCUGUAGAUUAGAAUGAAUGUUUGAUCGCUUAGUGUUGUACUCUUUUGCAAACUAAUUUGAUUCAACUCAGUGUAAGCCACUUUUCAACGUUCAUGGCGCUUCCUCUUUAUAGCUGUUUAAGGCUCCAUAAAGCUACUACUUUGUAAUAUGCUGACCUUUUCUUACAAACAGGUCUCACAUCAUAAACAAUAUCCAUCAGGGACAACCAUUGUAUUUUCUUACUUUGAAAGUAGAGGAGGGAAAUUUCCAGAAGUCUGUUUCUUUGGUCUGCAGUACUUAAUCAAGGUAGGUGUGGUCUACUUUCACUUUCGUUUCUAGGAACAAACAAUUCAAUGUUUUGUCGAUUAUAAGCUUAAAUUAAAUGGCCUGCUCUGAAAGAGAAGUUAUAAAGAAGUCCGUUAGUCAUUUAUUUGCGGGAUAACAUUCGCAUUCGCGGGUUAGGGUCGAAGUACACGCCUGUCAGGAAAAAGGAAUAAAACCCUUUCAGCCCUUUGUUAAAGAAUAAUGGGCACGAAUUAAAACAAAUGCCGGGACCAAAUUAAGCCUUAACUUCGGGUGCGUGUAAUUAUAAGCUUAAUUGACAAAAUGUGGCUACUUCGAUCGGUAACCUUGGCUUAUAGCUAGAUCAGAUGCACUUUGUUCAGUCGAGAUCAGUGCAGGGAUCAGUGUGUUGUCAGUGUUUAUUAGACCCGCUUCAGACGGCGAUCUUUUUAUGAGUCGAACCUAAUUUACAUUGAAUUAAGUACAUGAAAAGUUCGGUGUCUGAAUCAAUUAGGAACGCCUAUUAAUUUGGAAUGGCUCAGCCGUUCUCCACGCCUAGCCCGGCGGGGAAUUUCGACUGUGGAAUGACUUUGGAACGGUUUUGAUAGACUCCGAACUUUUCAUGUACCAACCUAAUGCAUAAAUUAUAAUAAUGUAUUUUGCAAGCAGUUUGACCAAAAUGAGCAUUUUUCUCCAUUUGAAUUUAGUUUAUUUUUGAUUUUAUUUUACCCUUACGCUUUCUCUGUAACCUAACUAUUGUCUUGCACCCUGUGAUCCCACUACCAGUUCUUUGUUUUACUCAUGAGUUUGACAGGUGAUAGCCCACAUCAGGCUUUCUUAAGAGGAAAAAGUAUGUAACUUGCAGAAGUCCUGGAGUUAGCAGUUUUUUUGUUAUUUCUUAGAGGUGGCUGGUUGGUCAAGUUGUAACCGAGGAAAAAAUUCGACAGGCAAAAGAUUUUUACAAGCUUCAUUUUGGGUAUAGUCUUUUUAAUGAGGCAGGUCAGUGCCACUUGGUAACAUCUCUGCAAUGAUUAUUUUUUUUUCACUCUUUGCACACCUGCCAAUACUUAAUGUGUUGUAAGUUGAAAUGAAAAAUUGACUUUAAUAUGGUUUCAACUUAAUUACUAGAGUUUGAUUCCCAGUUUCCUUUGUCUCCUAGCCAUGAAUAAUUAGUGAUAAGAAACAAAACAAGAAAAUUGAAAAUCAAACUAGGCUGAAACCAUUUUAAACUGAAUUUUAUUUUGACCUUCGACAGCUACUUGACUUCACAGUCAAGGCAGGUCGAGCGUACCCUCCAGGAUUCUAUUGGUGAAUUGAUUAUUUGAAAAAUGAAUCUGUUAGUCUAAAGUUCCUGUAACUAGUGUCAAAUUCAAAAUGCGUAAUGAGUACUGAAUAUUUCAUGAUAACUUCUCUGUAUUUGGUCAGAUUGAAAAUAUUUCAAUGGAUAAAAUUUCUUCAAAGAGAUCAGGGAAGCAUUAAAAAAAAAAAUAGAAGGGAAUGCAGAGAUGAAUCUGAAAUCUACAACUACAAACGUAUUCAACUUUUGAAUAAUAUAUUAAUUAAUGUAAUCUUGGGCUUGGAGGGGUAUGGUUGACCUGGCUUGACUGUAAGGGAUGGGGAUAUUGAUGGCUUCUUCGUAAGUGGCCAAUUUGACUUUUGAGGGGGGGGGGUAUGGGUUAUUUGGUUUGUGUAUUAAGAAUUUUUUUCCCCAAACCUCUGGUGAUAGAAUUGAAACACACACAAAAAAUAAAGUUAAAAACGUUUUUUCGCUUAAGAUAUUAUCUUCAGAAAUGCAAAAGUCAGACUGCCAUGUAAAAAAUAGGUAUUAAAAUGAUCGUGUAGCUAUAGGCAUUUUAGUUGAAGAGGACUUUCUGCUUUUAUUUACAUAGCUCUCUUAGUUUGGAGACUGAACAAAAGCCUUGGCAAGCAUGCCGUUACGCACAAAGCUAUCUGCCAUCUUCCUCCUACCAGGUCACUUCAAAAUGUCGGUGAUUUUGUUCAUCCUCACACAGUCGAUGCUUUUUAGAUUUUCAACCUUACCUUUGUUUUUGAUCUAAAUUAUUUUCUAUGUAGAUUAAAAUGUGAAGUUUUUCCAUCUAAAACAAAAUUAAUUCCUUGAAUGCUGCUUCAAAACAUAUUGACAAGGCAGCAAAUGUUAGUCACUUGCUGGCGACUAUAGCCUUGAAUUUCUGGUCGCCAAAACUAAAUUUUGAGUCGCAUUGGCAACCAGCUGGUAGCAAUUUUAGACUCCUGGGUGUGGGGUGAAAGUGGCCCCGAACAAAGCUAUGUUGGUGUCAGAUAAACAUACGAAGAAAAAGUCAACAUGAGAACCCAGCGAUUCGUAUGAAAUAAUUUUUUGUAAGGACCUUGGAAAAUUAAUCUGUACCUAUAUUUGUUUGAUAAAAGCAAGCAUGAUAAUAAGAAAGGAUAAAAUUCUUGCCCAUCUGGUAGCUCAAAAUGCACUAAGUUCUCUCUUAAGAAAAAAAAUAAGUCUUAAAAUUGUCCCUGGGGAGUCCCCCUAACCCUAACCCUUUCCACACCUACCCCAACUCCACGUAAUGUAUUACUGCCUACAUAACUUUUUUCUCCUUCUUCUUUAAAUUUUCUGCAGAACCCUGCCAAUUAAUAAUAAUAAUUUAGUUGCCUAGUACAUGGUUACAGUUAUUAUACUAGUUCUCAACAAAGUUUUCAAGUCCAACUUAAAAUCUGCAGAAAGUCAUACUGUGAGGUAUUAAUCCCAAGUCACUUUAACUGUUUUGUUCAAGGAUGGCUGUAUAUUUUGAAAGCCCAUGGUGGAAAAUUGCCACUCAGGAUUAGGGCUGUGCCAGAAGGGUCAGUGGUUCCUGUGAAAAAUGGUGAGAUGAAGAAUAAUAUGCUCAAACCUAUGCUUCAAUUGACUUGCUUAGUCUCCCUACCCAUUGUUUUUUCUUGUUGAUAAUUAUUAUUAAUUAUUGUUUUGUAAUACUGUAUUUUCUUGUGUUUUCUAGUCUUGUUUACGGUUCAAAACACAGAUCCACAGUGUCCCUGGCUAACAAACUGGGUUGAGGUGAGAUAUCUGCUGCACUUUCUUGAAUUACAUCACUUGAAAUAGCACCAUGACACUUGAUAUGUAACUUGCAUUGUAACAGUGCAGUACAUUUUGGAGGCAUUGAUUACUUUCAUAUGCAGUUAUUCAAGUUUGAGGCUUAAUAAAUCACGUAAAAAAUAUGAACUAGUAACUAGUAAUAAAUGAAAAAAAGAUUAUUAACUUCACAGGGAGUAUGUAAUACAUUCAUUCCUUGCUUUAUUUUACAGACGUUACUUGUUCAGAGCUGGUACCCAAUGACAGUGGCUACAAAUUCAAGAGCACAAAAGCAAAUUAUAGCUGAGGUAAGUGCUAGUAAGAUCACAUGUACUUUUUGUACCAAAGGGUAUAAAAGUUAUCAUUUGCUCCUACAAACGUGUGCUAAAAUCCUUCCAAUAAAUUUCUCUUUAGCAGGUUAAUUCAUUCAGUCUAACUCUAAACAGCCAAAAAAAAUAAUACCAUAUGUGUUCUCAAUAUUAAAUCUCUUUGCCACAGUCCUUUCAUACAUCAGCUGGGUAGUAUUUUUUUUUUUUUUUUUUAAUUUUUUUAUUUGCUUUACUUAACCCAAUAAUUACAAUAUUGAACACUAAUGGAAAGAAUUUACAACAUUCAAAACAAUACUGACAAUUUAUUGCUUACAUUGCUAAAAUACCCUGUUUUCAAACAUUAUUACAUUUCCUGAAUAAGAAGUUGCACAAAAACUUCCAAAAUUUAGCUUUGAGGCAGGAUAAGUACAUUGAUAUCAACAACAUCUGCACCAAAACAGUUUUUGAUGUACAGGGUGAAAACUAACAAGGUAUAAUGGAAAGAAGGCAUUAAAACCGUUUCAUAAAACCCUUUCUUAAAUCAUAGCAGGCCUGAAUAAAAUAAAGAAGACAAAUUCCAAAAUUUAGCUUGUAGUGUACAUUGAUCAACAACAUCUGCACCAACAGUUUUUGAGUACAGUGAAACCUCCCCUUUAGGACACCUCCAUUCAGGGGACACAAAAUUUUGUCCCUGAAAAAUGUUCACAUAAUCUUUAUAUUUGUUACCUCCACUGAAGGGACACUGCUAAUCAGGGGAAAGGGACACUUUUUCUGGGUCCUGAAACCCGGGUUUAACCUCCAUUCAAGGGACACCUAAUAAGCAAUCAAAACGUGACUGGCCACAAAAAGUGUUCACUAGACACAAUGGUGACACCUUUCAGAAUAUGAAUUUACUCACUUAAAUGGAUGUACUGCACUUGUUGGAAUUCAACACACAACAUUGCAUAGAUUUUUUAUACAUUAUCAAGCUGCUUCAAAUAAUGACUGCAGCAGAUUCUGUAGCCUGCAAGAGGAGACCACUUUUUAGGCUCUAAUAAAAAUAUUUUAUUUGGUAGUUGACUAGUAACAAACCCCAGCCCAACCUCCAUUCAAGGGACACUUUCCUUGGUCCUGAGGGUGUCCCCUGAACAGAGGUUCCGCACUGUACUUCUCUUACGUAUAAAUUAUCAUAAUAUUGAUUUUUAUUUUAACCUUGUUAUAUUGACCCUUGCAGGGCUGUCAUUAAACUUUCAAGUUGCUGGAAUAAGUAGAUGAGGAAUCCAAUAACUAGGGAUUUUGUUAGGUUCUAUUUUUCUUCUAUUUUCUUACAAAACUAGGUAGGGGUCAAGUUCUUUAAAUAGCCAGGGAAAAUUCCCGGCCCCCGGCCCUUAAUGACAGCCCUGCCCUUGGGUUCAAACCAUCUGGCUACAAUAAUUUGCUUUCAGUGAUGUAACACACAGUCAUUCACUUAAAUCUUCAGUACCUUGUUGAAACAGCUGAAAAUUUAGAUGGACUUCCAUUUAAACUUCACGACUUUGGUUUCCGCGGGAGCACAUCAGUUGAGGUUAGAAUAUUGUUGCUAAUAUAUUACAUUGUGAUUCUCAUUUUAGAAAAAAAAAACAUAGCAUUUUCAGUUCUGUUAUUUAAAGUGCACGAUUACUUAAUAUCUAAUAAUUAUGGUAUGCAUGGUUCUCACGUAAAACGUUUUCAUGUAGAUAGCUGGGAUAUAAAACAAGGCAGCUUGGCAGUUGAGUUCAGAAGGCAAUUCUAAGUGUCACUCUCUCACCCUACCCUUUUUCCACUUUUUCAAGAAAAUGUGACAUCGAUAAAAGGCAAUAAAUAAAUUAUUUUCCUUUAUUUCUGAGUUAAAAUAAUAGUCUACUAGAUGUACCUGUAGCCAUACCUCCUCCUCCUUCUUUCUCCGCAGAGAGACUUGCGACCGCAUUUCAGAUCCCCGACCACAAAAUUAAUGAUCCUUUACCCGCAAAUGAUCCCCAAAUGGAAAUUAUCCCCGACUGCAAACAUUUAGGCUAAACUGAACAAAACUCCAACAUGCUGUAGUUGACAUAGAUGACAUUUCUCAGACAGUUCCAAUUCCCCAAGCUACCAGAUUAUUUUUGAUAUGGUGAAAGUAUCUGAAACUGACCCCAAAUAAAAAUUUGCUCUAGUGUGCUCCCCCUUUGGGGAAUUCUGAUGUAGGCACAAAAAAUUACUUACCAGUUUGAAAAAUUUAAGCCGGUUUGAAAAAUUCAAACCAAAGAUGAAAUUUGAACCACAACAUACACAUGCUAGACUAGCAUGUGUAGUGCUGACAUCUUCCUUACAGCUAGUCGUGACAUUUUCAUGAGCUGUAGUUGCUAGUAUUUCGCAACUGCGGGAACCUGUCGAGAGAGAUAAAUUCAUAUGGGGUCAUAUUUCCGUAUUCCUCUGUGUUAAAAAUAGAAAAUGAGUUUCCUGCUUAGCGAUGUCCUCCCUGUCUUAAAUGUUCACAGCAAAAAAACAUCAAUGCUAAAAAGAAAGAAAACCAAUAGCCUAAUCAGAAGCAGAACAGUCAUUUAUCGUUUUAAUAUCCAUUUCUUUGUUUUAUGCAUUGGUCAAGUGCCCAACACCAUUCACCAUCGAUCUAUGCCUAAAAUCCAUUCCAUUCCUGUACCUUUUAAGGGAUCAUUUGCGGUCAGGGAUCUUGUGCGGCACUAUGCAGUUCCAAUUUGAUGAUAAAUAGUAAUUUUAAUAAAGUGAAGUUUUGUGUCCUUUGUCCAUGCCAGUCACCUAAACUCUCUGUCUCUGACUCUGUCUCUUUUUUUUCAGUCAGCAUCUCUGGGUGGGGCAGCUCAUCUUGUCAAUUUCUGUGGGACUGACACUGUGGCAGGCAUGGUUUUAGCCAGGUGCGGUUUUUUUCCUAGGCAUUACGUAGUUUUGAUUGUUCUGCUAGUGAUGAGUAUACAGUGACCCCCGGUGAACUAGGCCAACCGCUGAACCUCGUAGAAACUUACUCCAGUUCAACAGUCGUUUAAUUUCUCUUGUACUUGGUUUUAAUUUAUUUCUGGUGCUCAAGUGUGCACAAAUUAUUGACAGAAGGCUAACUAUUUGUGAAUACAUACAUGUAACAUAGUAGAACUGUACUAUAAUAUUGACCACUUAAAUUUACUAUAGGUGAUUAUGUGCCAUGCAAUCCUAACACUACAAUCAUGGACAAAAGUCCUUGGGACAGUACUGCAGUAUUCAUGUUUUUCUGUCAUUUCUUGGUGCCCUCAUAAAACAGUGCAUCCUUUGUGAAAUUUUCUUGCAGUUCUCCUUCCCCCCACCCUAUACAAAGUUGAAACUCGCAAAAAAUUCCGGAUACACACGUUCAACAUUGUUUGUGGGGUGAGGGGAGGGGUUGGACCUGUGUGAAUUGGAAAAUGACCCAGAAAUAUCCCAAGACUUUUGUCCAGCAGGAUUGUAGUUUAAGUGCUUUUGCAAAAAAGAGGUUUACAAACUCUUUCUGUUCUAGUCUAAUUGACGAGGGUCAUAAACAUUAUCAAUUCUUUUUCAGGAAUUAUUAUGGAUGUGAAAUUGCUGGUUUCUCAAUCCCAGCCGCUGAGCACAGGUGCACUUUUUAAAGAGUAAAGAUUUGAGUUUUUAAUAUAUUAAUAUAAUAUCUAAUUGGUUAUUAAUUUUUAUAAUGAAUUACAUAUGUUUCUUUACUGAAUACAGUACUAUUACGACCUGGGGAAAAGAAGGAGAAAAAGAAGCAUUUCAGAAUAUGUUGGAACAGGUGUGUUUAAUAAAUAAUAAUGAUAAUAAAAAAUUACUAUUCUUGAAGAUAUUCAUGUAAUAAAUUUGUUCUAAAAGUGGAUUUCCAUGGUUGCAUAAUUUUUUUACAUGCGUAAAUAAAAUCGAGGCAAUGUAAGGAAGGUCGUGUGUAAAUGUUAAAGGUGAACCUCAGUGAACUUCUAUGUUUACGAUUAGCCUUUUAUACAUCAUCUCUAUUUUAUUUAGGUGCAAAAAUGUUACAUGUGUAAGCACUUAAAAAUUGCGCAGGAGUGGUAAUCCACCCUUACGGUAAACCAGUUUGAUGUCAUAUACCUCCAUCUUGAUCUCCGAAAUCUGGUUAUUGGUUGUUAAGGGAGUUACAUCCCCAUGUUACUGCUACCUAACUACUACCCUACUUUCACCAUAUAAAUCUGCUGAUCUCUUGGUAAAGUUUUAGUUUGUACAUGAGAUUGGGUUACUGGGUUGAUAUUAUGAUGCUGAAUUGCACUGAUGAGAUCAUGCUAGCUGUGAUUAAAACCCCUCAGAUGAUCAAGUCAUUGGGUGGUGACAUUAUACCAUUGGCCUUGUCUCCUUCAUUGUUCAUUCUUACACAGGAGGUCAAAGAACCAGUGACAAUGUUUGAAAAGCAUUGGCAAUGUAGGGUUUAGGGUAGUGGACUCUCUGAUUUGUGCUGUCAUUGGUCUUGGGUGGUUGGAGGUGGGAUAAAACAUGGAUUGGAGUGGCAGUCAAGUGCAGCUUCACAUGCUGGGUAUGAUCUGACCUUUCUUUUGCCACUGGCUGUAAGUUAGGAAAAACUGGUGCCAUUGCCAUACAGGGGAACUUUACUUCCUAACCCACCCCAUGACCAGUAGAUGUCAGCUUGUAGUAAAAACUAAGUUAAAAUAUGCACUGAAAAGUGCUCCUCAAAAAUUUUACCAAAUGAAUAGAGAAUUUUAUAUUUUCAAGGCCACUGAAUACUUUUUGUCAAAUGGUUGGUGGUGAAUUUUUAGAAACAUCUCCUAUCCCUCAGUGAAAUGAUCUUUUUGUUGUACUUGCCCUUUAGUUUCCCACAGGCCUGGUUGCUUGUGUCAGUGAUAGCUAUAACAUCUGGUGAGUGAAGUUUGAUUUUUAUAAAGCUAUUCUGUACCUAGCAAAAGCUAGGUAACUGAUAAUAAUAUUGAAGGGCUCCAUGCAAAACACCACUUAGAUAUUUGGCAAAAUUUCCAGUGUGUGCCAAACUAACCAAAUUUGCUUUUUUUGGGGGGGGGGGAGGGGGGUAAGAAAACAUACUGUUUAACAUUUUCCCAAUGAUUUCCACUUUAUUUGGCAUUCAUUUAUUGUUGCAAGCAAGUGGUACCUUCACAUGGAGUUAUUUUCAGAGUUGUGUGUCUUUUGGAAUGCCUUUGACAAUGUUCUUAUUUAGACCAAAACAUUUAAUUAAAAUUCAGUUUAAGGCAAAUUUGUAUGACCUUAAAUUUGGAAAUCUAUUGUUGGAAAUAAUUUUUGUACCUAAUGUAUUAUAGGGAUGCCUGUGAGAAAUACUGGGGAGAAGAUUUGAAACAACUAGUAAUUGACCGUGGAAAAAACAACAAAGGUAGGAAACUCUAAUCACAUGUACAAUUUGAUUAUAUGAGACAACAUAGUUAAUGUGCAACUAGAGCACCUAACCUGCUUUAGCUUAAGCCUGCAAGCAAGCUCUCCAUUUGAGGGAGUUGCAAGAAUUUUAAAAAAUGGAGGGCUUGAUUGCAGGUUACCCAAGCUUAGUCUAGAAAACAGUAGCCCACAUUUGAUUUAGGAACAAAAUUGCAAAUUUUUUAGGACUCCAUUGUCUCGCAAUUCCCUGAAGAGAUUUGAGCGCAAAGAAAACCAAGCCAGAGUCAUGUUUGAAUUUUAAAAUAUUGAACGUGAAAAAAUUAUACUAAUUGGAUAAUUUAUAAAUUUCUAAUCAAGCUCUCUCACUUAAGUAAAAGCCCUUACUUCGAGCAGUUCCUCUUAUAUCUUAGUUCAUUAAGUGAAAUGACUGACAGAAAAAAAAGGACGGGCGUGUGACAGAGGGUGCUCCAGCUGACACCCUCACCUCUGUCACAUCUUGCAACUUUAGCGCUCAUGUGUUAUGUAUGCAACUCCACUACUUUGAAGAAAAAAAGAGACUGAUUACAAUGUAAUAAACGCCCGUCAACUAGUUCAAAAUUUGACUUAGUAACUUGCUCUUUAGUUGGCAUACUGUCCAUUCCAUCCCUUGGUUUAUUAUUCAGACAUAUUUGAACAGUUGUUUAUGUAUGAACGUCUUCUGAGAAACCAACUCUUAUUUUUUUUUUGUACAUUUGCAGGUGUACUUGUCAUUCGGCCUGAUUCUGGUAACCCUCCGGACGUUGUGGUAAAAGUUUUGAAUAUUUUGGGUAAGUGAGCAUACCUACCGAAUGCCGUUUGGGUGGAAUUCAUUUAUUGAAGAAGUUAAUUUAAAACUUUUAACUUUCUUAAAUUUCAGUCGUAGUUAUUAUUUUUCUCUUUUCACCAGGUCAGAAAGCCAGAAAAUAUUUAUCUAGAUUUUAGUUGCUUUAAAGGCUGUAUUUUAAUUACAGUUUUUUAUUGAUGCACGUUGAAAGGUGCUGGUUAAUAUUCCAAUGAAAAUUUAUGUUAUGCUAGGUUUGAAUACUGUUACAAGAAUAGCAAGAUCCACAAAAUUUUAUGGCCCUCCGUUUGUCUACCGAAUGCGAACUUCAGUGGUCUAGAUUAAACACUUCAUCAUUGAUUUUGGGAAUGUACUCGCUUCGGAUAGUCCCCUUAUCCUGCCUGGGGUAACAGAGUAAUGAGCGAAAAAGACGCGAGCGCGCGUCAAAAUUUCCAACCACCCACACACGAGAAAGAGAAACAGAGGUUCCCUUAUUAUCAUAGCCUGAGUAUCAGGCAUUUCUGGAGGGAGAGGAAGGGAAAGAGAUUUUAAGCGUAUUUUAGAAUUUUCCCCCUCCCAUGACACCUAAAGUGGGUCUAAAUUACACUCUUCCUUCCACCCUCAUUUUCUUGCUUCCUUGGCGUGUCACCUGCCUCGUCGGUAGUCAUUUGCAGUAGCGGAUUCAGGGAAGAGGCCCGAGGGGGGGGGGAUGGGGGUGAGCCCCCUUAUUUUUCGACCAAACUGAGGCCCGUCCGUUCUAGCAAAAAAAAAAAAACUGAAGGGGGCCUUUCUGGAUGACCGCCCCCCUCCUCCUUAUCUGAAGGUUGGAUCCGCCACUGGUUUUCACCCACGCUCGCUAAUUUUGCUCACUGGCUUAGAAAAAGACUAUUAGAAUGGAAAUUAUCAGAAUUAUAAAUAAUCAAUUUCCUUUAGGUAUACACAGAGUGUGAAACGCAAUAACCUCUUAACCUCAAAGCUAAAAUGCGGGGUUCAUAAAUCUUUCAGGUCGGAAGUUUGGUAGCGAGAAAAACUCUAAAGGAUUCCAUCUACUGCCUCCUUACCUCAGAAUAAUUCAAGUAAGAAAAAAUCCUUAAAUUUGCUAUUUUGAUUUUGAUUUUAUUCUUAGUAAAAGAGCAGCUUUUGUGUGAAAUCACAGGCUAUUUAAACGAAUCAAAAGAAAACGGAUCCAACAUGUUGUCGGUUCUAGUCUAAUCCACCAUUGUUGGGUCAAGUAACAUGUUAGAUCCGUUUGAAUGCCUUGUUGGACGGUGUUGGAUGUAGACGGAUGACAAUAGAUCGGGUUCAGCAUGUUGAGAGUUUUCAUCCAACAUCAUCCUGAUCAUUUGGGCCAAAUCACCCCAUGCGACAUGCUGAAUAGUGAAUCAUCCAACUUCCACCGGCCUAAAUUCUUUGGGGAAAGCACUGAGCCGGCCCUGUUGCGUUAGCCUCCCCCGCAGGCGUUUUUUAUUUGUGGGGAGGGGAGAAAUACGAUCUCCCCUAAAAACGCCUGCGGGGGAGGCUACUCUUGCGUGCGAGUCGAAAAAGUAUUUUUCAGGUACAUUAACAGUGCUAUGUGCUAUGGAUAUAGUGAUGUUUGGAGGCGUAAUCAAAGACAUAGCAUGUCACAACCCUCUAUUUCCUCUUUAGAGAUCGUCGAGCGCGCGUACGAAAGUAAAAACUGCGUGGGAUUUAUUAACCGUUAGCGCAAGACGGUGGGGUGGGGAAAUAUAUGUUAUGCUCCGCGCUCGCUCUCGCCCACUCGCUUCGCUCGCGUUCUCGUCGAUUUUCGAAAAGAAAAUGAAAAUAACGUUUGUGUACAGGCUAACACAGACAUGCAAUUUUGUUUGUUUUUCGUUUCAUUUGUAGGGAGACGGUAUAAGUUAUGAGACUCUAUCAGAGAUUUUAGAAAACAUGAAGAGGCAUAAGUGGAGUGCUGACAAUAUCGCAUUUGGAAGUGGAGGUGUGCGUGAAUUGUGUUCGCAUUUUGCAAAUGCUGAUGAUUUUUCUUCUUCACGUUGAGCCAAAUUUUGCACAGUUUUCUGCUGCUUACUUAAGACACGUUCCCUGGGCACCAGAGCUUUUUUCUCUCGUUCUGCGGGAUGGUUUGGUGUCGCGGGAAUCCGCCCAUGAAAAGUGUCUUGCACGCAAGUUAUACGACGCCCAAGGAGAAAAUAACUGCCGCUUAUUUUUUGAAGUAACUUCCACGUGUGUAGGUUUUAAAAACCUUCACCAAAGGUUCAAGCCUUCGACGUUUUAUGGCAGAGGUUUCCUUGCGCAAAGGGGUUAUUAUGGACACUCGCUUUGCUCUACAAGGCUGUGCUCUAACAAAAAAAAAGGGGGGGCAUGACCUGCUCUUACCCUGAGUAAUCCAGGUUUCCUAGUAUAUGAUUUGUGUUAGAAAAAAAGAGAACCAAGAUAGCCUAGUCGCCCAAGAUGAGCAAAAGUAAGAUGCCAGGGGCCACUGGGCUCUGUCAGAGCACAGUGCGCCUGCUCUCUGUUAUAGGUCGGUAGUAAUAUUUUCACGCCAUUUUGAUACAGUGUACCCUGUCCUUCAUCGUCAAGGUCGGUUAAAAUUAGACGUCCUCUCCGCUACCAUAAAGUAAUAAACUGAUGCGAAAUCGUUCUCGUCUUUCAGGGGCGCUGCUUCAAAAAAUGGAUCGCGACACGCAGAAGUGUGCUUACAAGUGUUGCUUUGCUGUUAUAAAUGACAAACCAGUAAGUUGUGUUUCUGUUCGUGGUUGCGUUUGUAAAUAUGUUGUGGUGUGCUCUGGGAUAGACCCAAGUGUUUGUCAUUGUCAAUCUCAACAUGGCCAUACUUCUGUCUACAGGUAAACGUUUACAAACAGCCCAUCACUGACUCAUCAAAGCAUUCCAAGAAGGGAUUGUUGUCCCUUGAGAAGGAUGAAAAGGGCAAGUACAUAACAAUUGAAGAGGGACGAGGCAACGCGGAGAAGGUUAGUUUUGCCUUUAUAUGGUGGGUGGCGUUAUCUACCGACUUUAACGCUCUCUAGUAGACAGCUGAUAGAGCGAUUUUCGUAUGACCUUGAAAUGAAAACGCGCAAACAAAACAGAAACAACUAACGAACGAAAAUAGGGCGAUGUGAUUGGUUUUUCGAACGGAUAGAAACGCAUGUGGCUUUUGGUUGGUUAAGCGAACGCUCGGUUGAAAAAACUUUAUGCCCGACAACUUUCUAGAAAUCAAUCGAUACUUCGCUUUGACGUCAUACUGCAACACGAUCGGCCAAUAGAACAAUGCCUUCUCCAUAUUAGGGUUUUCUUUGGCUGGAAAACAUUGGCUGAUAAAACAAAUGACGAACACUUACCGAAACCAUUUUUCAAGGUCAUACGAAAAUCGCUCUAACUAAAGAUUUACCUUCUCCUCCUUUUGAACAAACCGGCAUUUUAUUCAUAAGCUUAAAUGGAUUUUAGCAGUAUCACCACUGCAACUAGCGCUAGUUACUGUGGGGCCCCCUAGCACUUCCUUUCAUCCGGCCCCGCACCCCUGCUCAACUCGUUCCCAGAGGACGAGUUGGAUAGAGCCCUGGGUACAAAGUUGACCUUACCCUGAAGGAUACGUUUAACCCUCGCCGGGUUUCAAGCCAAGCGCCUGGUACCUCUAGCUCGGCUGACUAGAGCUCUACCAGCCGACUGGGCAGACUGAAGGUAAGUAUGAACGUGGCUGGGACAAUCAUCUCUACCACAAUUAAUUGUUGUUUAUACCGAGAAAGGGAAGGUACUUAGGAAACUUUGUGCAUUUUGUAGAGUUACGACACAGGCUAAUCGCCAUUUUUUCUGUCAACAGGAUCUUCUUGAGACUGUGUUUGAAGAUGGCGUGCUUGUCAAGGAAUACACCUUUGCACAAGUCAGAGAGAACGCCGAGAUUCCACUGGUGAAAGAAGCGAAAACAACCUGCUCGAGCGAAUAGACCCUGAUGAUGAAUGAUUUGACAAUAUAGUUCUAAUUAUCAUGCACAAUCGAACUGAAAGGCAAUGUUGCAUCACACAAGGAGGGGUAUGGGUUAAUUAGGACCCAAAGGAGACUAGUACCAACUGACGACCGAACACCGGCGCGAGGCUUGUUCCAGAGAAUUACGUUCAACAAUAGGCCGCUUCCGAGUUCCAAAGACCCUCACUUUCAAAAUGAGGCCAAGUGCACAAACUUUCUUGUGAAAAUGAGUUUUAUUUGCAUGAGAAUGAAAAAUGAUUUCUAUAUCAAAGGCUGAGCACCUACCCUCGUUUUGAAACAGAGGCCCGGGGGAACUCGGAAGUGGCCUAUUGCAAGUACAGUUGUUUUGAGCAGUUUGUAUCUGUGCUGUGCUGGGGACAAAAAGUCAACCCCGCUGAACACUUUAGCUAUAUACUGCGGUCUCAGUCAUCACCGUGUGACCAGCAACACUUACCCCAUUGUAGCUCUUUUAUUCCGACUCAGUAGUUUCCUGUCUUAAAACACAGCUGCUUUCUUGGCUAAUUAGCAAAGAACUAUAUGUUUCUUAACAGUUAAUUUAGUUUAAAAACUGGUCUUGGCAAUGCAAUGAAAAAAAAAAAAAUGAAAAAGCAAAUUUGUUCCUCUUCAGUCAGCUGCUUAGGUUAAAACUAUACAUGUCAAAGAAAUACAAGACCUUGUUUCAAGUUCUUUCAGGCCGUAUUCAAUAACUCAUCAGGUUCGAGGCAUUAACUUUCUUGCCUCGUUUAUAGUUCCCAACUUACUAUACCGUCCUAGUAAAAAAGGAAUUUUUUUGUUCUUAUCGUGCUGUGCAUUUUUUUUUUUGAUUUCGAAAGUAAUAACAAUGAUAAAAAAACAAGUUUGGAGGAAAGAUUCUGGGUCGAAUUCUUACCAGCAGCCUGAUCUUAAACUGAUAUCGGAGAUGAAACGAUUGCUGUCCAUUUUCGGAGUCAUGUACUCCUAGGUUAAUUUCUCAGUAGGGCCAAUGGUGAAAUCACAGGUGCUGCAACGCGAUAUGUGUUCCCGCGACACGAAUACUGUCGAUAUUUGAACGUAAGCAGACUACCUAAAAGAUGAUAUAGGUACAUAGUGACAGGGGUUGUAUUGAGAGUUCAUGCUAGAAAGAGUUAUUUCCGUGUCUGCUAAGGCGUAAAAGUCAAAUAAAGCACCUGUCUAGUGACUUAGUAUAGUGAAAUUCUUGUUUUCUUUUUUUGGCAAAGGAAUUUAACUCACUUGCGGAUUAUAUGUAGGUAAGACCAGGUAAGCUCUCUAACUUUUCAGUAGUCAUCUGUUGACUUACGCAUGUAUGUUAAGCAAAGCAAUGGGACUGCGUGUGCCAUGCGUUUUUAUUUAGGUACAAUUGCUUACUCUGGUCCAUGUAAACGGCCUUCUUUUCGCUCGCUUGCCAUUGGCAACAAUAGUUACUGAAAUAAGCAUUACUAAAUAGUUUUUUAAGGGUGAUUUUUUAAUGAUUUAGUUGGGAGAUGCCCUUCAUGGGACUUAAUGGACUUUGGAUC